AUGGAACAAUUACUUACCAACGAUUCUGCGAAAAAAACGAAUUUGGAAGACUAUCCCUGUGACANAGAAGAAAAUAAAAAUUUGAGGCUAGCCGAACAAAAUUCAAAAGAGCAUUCUGAUGAAACUAAUAACAAAAUUCUAGAAGAGAAUAUCAGGCUUGAGAAUGAAUUGAAACAGAUCCUAACAAACCAUGAAAAUGAAUUCAAAAUUCUGAAAGAUCAAUCAGAGAAUGAAAAAAAUUUGUUAGAGAACAGGAUAAACAAAAAUGAACAGGAUUAUAAAAAAAUACUCGAGAGUUUAAAAGAGGAAAAGCAAAUCUUGAAGCAGAAAGAAAUGGAAUAUGAAAACGAAAUUGAAGAGGUGAAGAAAGAGAAAAUGUUACUGCAAAGUAAAUUGGAGGAAGCACAGUCAAAAUUGAGUGAAAUGGAACAGCUACAACAAAAAGCUGACGUACUUGCGAACAAGUACCAAAACAAUUUGGAAAACUUACAGGUGGAAAAAGAAAAACUGAAAGAGGAGCUGCAAAAUGAAAUAAAAAUCAUUCAAAAAGAAAAUAGCAGCCUGAUAAAAGUAAAAGAUGACCUCAUGGCAGAACUUGAUCUCUCAAAUAAUGAAAAGAAAAGUUUGAAAAAGGAGCUCAAGGAAAGAAACAAUGAGUCUGAUAAGAAACUGGAAGAAAAUUCGAAGAAAAUUCAACAGAGCGAAAUUCUCAUAUCUGACCUUCAAAAUCAGAUUAUAUCACUAGAAGAGCUAGGUAAACAAUCAGGAGAGGAAAUAAAGAACCUCGCAGAAGAAAACAAACAACUUUCCUUCAUCAAUGAAACAAUUCAGGAGAAACUGAAUCAAGUAGAUCGUUCUCGCUUAAAUGUCACCCACUCGUCCAGUCAAACCGAUGAGAUGUCCACAUCAACCACAGAUUUAGAAGAACAAAUUACUGAUCUAAAAAGGGAAAAUACAGAAUUGCUUUCAGAAAUGAAUGAAAUGAAUCAGGCUAUCAAAGAAAGGGGGGAAAACAUAUCCAUACUACAGGCCCAUUGUGAGGAGGUUUUGAAAAAGCUUCAGAUCUACGAAGUUCAAGCCAAUAAAAAUGUAGACAGUAUAGCGGAAAAAGAAAAAGUGAUUGAGGACCUCACUAGGGAAAUAGAAGAUCUUCGGUCAAAUAAUGGUUCUGAUCUAUCAGCUAAGGAAGAAAUAAAUGAGCUGAAAAGUGAGAUAGAAACUCUGAAAGAAAAACUCAAUGCAAACUUAGAAGCCAGUUAUAUCGAAAAUGACACCAUGUCCACUUCAACCAUUUCAAAGACUGAGGAAAUUAGCAGACUGAAAGAUUUGGAGGGAUCUUGGGAAGAGAGGUAUGGAAAGUUGAGAAACCUUGCUGUGAAACUGAAAGGAAAAAUUCGUGAACUCACCCAGACUGUGAACAAGCAGCAGGAAGAAAAUGAAGAUUUGCAGAAAAAGCUGUCAAUCAACAUCAAAACUAUACAGAAUCUCCAAAGUGAAAUGGAUAAGUUGCAGGAUGAACUGGAGAACUCUCGAAAAGAAUCUAAGCAGUUCUUGAAUCGACUCAACAGCGUUGCAAACGAUAUAUCAAAGGACAAGCAGGCUUUAGCUGAGAAAGAAGAAAUCAUAAGUGCUUUAAAGCAGGAAGUGGAAAGUUAUAAGAACGAAAAACAGGAUACAGAGAAAUGGAAAAAGCAAGUAAGCGCUAAAGUACAUACAUUGAGGAAAGAACUCGAAGCCAACAAUCUAAUGAAAAAGGAUUUCGAAACUAGAAUAUCAAAACUCACCAGUGAAUUGGAGGCUCAAGAACAGUUGUUGAAAACUGAAAUCGAAAGUCACAAACACACAAAAACCUUACUAGAUCAGUCGAAUAAUGAAUGCAAAAAGAACUCUGUACUCAGUUUAGAAAUGCAAGAUUACGAAAGAAGUGUUAAGGAAACUGCCAAGAAACUGGAGAAACAGCUGGAGGAAAUAUCAAACUUGAAGGGGCAGGUAGAGUCACAGAAAACUACAAUAACGGCCCUGAGAGAACAGAAUAAACUGCUGGAAGAAAGACUGGCAGAUGAAGAACAAAACAUCACUACUAUUUCCACUGAAAUCACUGCCUAUAAGAAAAAAAUAUCUGCUUUAGAAGAUGAAGUCUCGCAAAAACUGGACAAAAUACAAAACCUCACACAGCUUCUCGAAACAAAUCGUUCGGAGACUGAAGAGCUCUCAACGGAAUUGUCCAAGGUAAUUGCUGAACAUCAAAAAACCAAUAACACAUUGAAAAUUGAGCGAGACCAUCUUCGUAGCCAAAUUCUAGGGCUCCAGCAGAGCUUGAGAGAAGCUCAAGAUGGUCUCAAACUCAAGACUGAUGAAUUGGCACUGAUUCAAAAUGAGUAUGACGGGUACAAGGUUCGAGCUCAGAGUGUUCUUAGGCAGAAUCAAAGUAGAGACAUUGGUUUAGAAGAAAAAAUGUCAGAAGAAGUAGCUUCUCUUACAGCUGAGAAUUCAUCAUUGAAAAGUCACUUGGAACAAAAUAGGAUGUUGGAGUGUCCAAAUUAUAUCAGAAAUCUUCCUUUCCAGGUUCACGCAGAUACUCUUUCUCAAUGUUACCGUCAGCAAAUAUCCGAACAAGAAGUUCGACACAAUCGAGAGAUCAUUGAACUCCAAAGCCGUCUAGAAAAAGCCCCUUCGCCUACAGAGUCGCCACUCGUACUGCCCACAAUGACGAGAGAAGAAGGUGAGGGGUCAGAAAGCAUAGAAAGCAACCUAGCUCCAACAGUACACCCCAUACCGUUGGAAAGACUUUUGGGGUCAGAUUCUGAACAUGAGAUCGAUAGAAUGAGGAAAAAAUUGGGGGAGGAGGAAUCCAAAGUGGUACAUCUGACAGCGCUGUUAUCUGAUACUGAACAAGAUCUGGUGAAGCACGUUCAGAUGAACAAGCUACUGAAGGAAGAAAUAAGAAGGCAGCAGAGGUCGGAGGAGAGAGAGAAGCAUGCUGAGAAUCUGGAAUAUCUUAAGAAUGUAGUAUUCAAGUUUGUCACACUCAACAGUGGAGAUGAACGAACGAGGCUAGUCCCUGUGUUAAAUACAAUACUCAAGUUGAGUCCCGAGGAAGCGAGGCAGUUGACUAUGGUAGCAAAGGGAGAGGCCAGUUCGAAAGGAUGGACCAACUACUUACCAGUGUGGUCUUCAUCCAAUAAACCCCAGUGAAAGAACUGCAGUACAUGUAAGGACAAUAAUAGAAAGUUGUCCCGUUCAGGUGCUGGGUCCGACAUUUUAGCCUAUUUGUAAAUAUUAUUCAGCAAUCUACUUAAUGCAAUAUAAGUGUAUAUAAUAUAAAUUAUACUUAGAUUCUAAUAUAUGUUUAUAAAUAAAGUAUUAUGCUUUCCA